AUGAAGUCCAGCCCCCCGCUCCAGGCCGCCAUCGACCUCACGGCGGGGGCCGUGGGCGGCGUGGCGUGCGUGCUGACCGGGCAGCCCUUCGACACGAUGAAGGUGAAGAUGCAGGCCUUCCCCACCCUCUACCGGGGCCUCACCGACUGCUUCCUGAAGACCUACCACCAGGUGGGCCUCCGCGGCUUCUACCGGGGCACCAGCCCGGCCCUGCUGGCCUACGUGGCGCAGAGCUCCGUCCUCUUCAUGUGCUACGGCUUCUGCCAGGAGACCGUGCGGAAGGCGGCCGGCCUGGGCCCGGGGCAGCCGCUGAGCGACCUGCAGAACGCGGCCUCGGGCUCGCUGGCCUCGGCCUUCGCCGCGCUGGUGCUCUGCCCCACCGAGCUGGUCAAGUGCCGGCUGCAGACCACCUACGAGAUGGAGCUGGCCCGGAAGAUCGAGCCUAGCCCCAAGUCCAUCUGGCCCGUGGUGAAGAACAUCUUCAUGAAGGAGGGCUUCCUGGGCUUCUACCACGGACUCUCCAGCACGCUCACGCAGGAGAUACCCGGGCAUUUCUUCUACUUCGGGGGCUACGAGUUAAGCAGGUCCUUCUUCGCCUCCGGGGGCUCCAAGGACGAGCUAGGCCCUGUCCCUCUCAUGCUCAGCGGGGGGAUAGCUGGGGUCUGCCUCUGGCUCAUCAUUUUCCCCCUGGAUUGUAUCAAAUCCAGGAUCCAGGUCCUCUCUGCCUCUGGAAAGCAGGCGGGGCUGGUGAGAACCUUCUUAACGAUCGUGAGAGACGAAGGCAUAUUGACCUUGUAUUCGGGACUGAAAGCCACCAUGGUUCGGGCGAUCCCUUCCAAUGCGGCGCUCUUUGUGGUCUAUGAGUACAGCAGAAAGUUGAUGAUGAGCCAGCUGGAAGAAGACUGAGGAGGGGUCUUGGCCAAGCCGCCUCUUAAGCGUAUGAACUUGAGGGCCACAGGUGGGGGCUCCGUGAAUAUAAAACCCACGUGAGAUUGUUUUUAAUGGCAUGGGAAAUUUGGUUUCGUCUUGCAGCCUUCUACUUUAAACCUCCAACUUGAUAGCCCUGUAUUUAUAUCACCUGAGUUCUGCCCACAAUCACAUGGAAAUAGAAGAUUUGCUGCUCUUGAUCAGAGUAGGAUAUGGGGAGUAAGACUUGGCUGUGUACCUCGUCUGACAGGCUGAGUACAAUUGUGUCAAGAUUUUGUGUAAAUCUAUAUGUGUACAUGCCAUGUAGGUAGCUAUAUGUUGUGAGAGAAACUCUGUUGGGUUCUCUUAUUAUUCUCAUAUAUCGCCCCAAAUACCGAGAGUUCGUCAGGUUUCAUGCAGAUAGGUACAAAUGAUGACUCCUUCAAGAUGCCAGGUCUAUUAUUAAACCUGCUUAACAUAUGCACCACAUUGAGUUGUUUAAGGUUUUUUUUUUAAUUUUUUGAAGUCUUCAUGUGGUGCUGGUGAACUAAUAUAUUCAUGUAGAUUUUUAAAGAAAAAAAAAUGUACUUGCACACUGGUGAGGCUGCCACAUGGCUAAAUAAACUUUUAGUGUAAGUUUCCAGGAUUUCCUACUCUAGUCUUAAGAUAGUACCAUUCAUUUUUCAAAGCAGGAUCAUACUCUGCACUGUGAUGAUACUGUUAGGUGUGGCUUUGAAUGUCAGACCUCGGGGAAGCAGCACAGCCCGCACCUGCACCAGCUUGCCUCCUCUUCUCUGAAAAAGCUCAGUUUAGACCAAGGAUGGCACGUGGCUAUUUUGCUACACUUGUUGAAGACCCAUGUGUGUAAAAAGCAGUUGCUAGCUUCUGAUCUCUGGGUCCUAGCCUGCGUUACGACUGCAGAGUGUUCUGUUGGUUCCUUUAGGGAUAGUUGGUUCAUUUUAGUUCACUCACUGUUCUCUGGGCAGCA